CUGCUUUGCUUUUGGCCAUAAUGAUGGACAGAUGAAAUAAGUCAAGUUAAUCAUAAUCAUCUCGAACACACACCUGGGAGCCGCUGCCGUUAGCUAGUGAGAUCAUCAAGACGCAGCCGAUGCUGUUUAGCUGUCAGUUUGGCCAUGAGAUGCACUUGAAGAUGGUGCGGCGCUGCCUUUGGCUGUGAAAUCGAGAAAAUCCAAACAAAAAAGGAAAGGGGAAAACUUGAACAGUAAACUGGAACUUAAACUGGAACGAAGUACUUAAACGAAAAGACAAUGCUUAGCUUGAAACUCUUAAUACUCGGUUUAUGGCUUGGCGCAAAUCUGGCCUUGGCCAAAAUGCCAAGUUUGCCCAAUUUGCCGUCCGAUCAUCUCAUACGCUACCUCAACACUUUUCCCAAAAUGAAGCAGAAAUUGCCAUCGAAUGUGACCACCACCCAGGCCUGUUGGGGACAUGAAAGGGACUGCAAGGCAGAGGCUCGCUUUCAGACGCCACAGUGCCCGGGAGAUCAUACGGGAUGGGUGCAGAGCAAGCAGGCUCAAGUAGAUACUUUCUAUUAUCAAGCCGAUUUUGGGUAUAUCCAGCAACAGUUGGCCGAACUGACGCCCCAAUGCUUGCCCAAGUAUCUGACCGAUUCCUCAUUGGAGUGCACACGAUAUUUGCGUUUUUGUCGUGGACGCAAUUUACUAUUUGAUUUUCGUGAUUUAGUUGAUAGAGAAGAACGCAUACGCUAUCACAUGGAUGUUCUUAAGCCAGGACAAUUGCUAGGACAUUGUGAAUUGAAUCGGACACGUCUCACUGGCGAGCUGGAGCACACCGGUUCAGCACUUCAAUCCUGGGGUCCAGAGCUGCGAAAUUUUGAUGUACUGCCCGAACCCGUGAUGGAGAGCAACCACUGCGAUAUGGUGGUGGAUACGCCCACUUUUAUAUUAAAAAUCGAUGCCACAUAUAAUAUGUAUCAUCAUUUCUGUGAUUUCUUUAAUUUAUAUGCCUCGCUGUUUGUCAAUCAAUCCCAUCCGGCUGCCUUCAAUACGGAUGUGCAGAUUUUGAUAUGGGAGACAUAUCCAUACGAUUCACCUUUUCGCGAUACAUUCCGUGCAUUUAGCCAACGUCCAAUUUGGACUUUGAGUGACGUGGAGGGUAAGAAAGUUUGCUUCAGGAAUGUGGUAAUGCCAUUAUUGCCACGGAUGAUUUUUGGACUGUUUUACAAUACGCCUCUUAUACAAGGCUGUUCGAAUUCGGGUCUCUUUCGUGCUUUUUCUGAAUUCAUUUUACAUCGACUGCAAAUACUCUUUGAACCUCCGAAGCCCAAAAUAAGAAUCACAUAUCUGUCACGUCGCACCAAGUACCGCCAAGUGCUCAAUGAACAGGAACUUUUGGAACAACUAGAACAAAAUGAUGACUACAUCGUUCAACGCGUCUCAUAUGAGCGGCUCUCCUUUGUUGACCAACUGAAAAUUACCCGAAAUACGGAUAUAUUAAUUGGCAUGCAUGGGGCUGGCUUGACGCACUUGCUUUUUUUACCCAAUUGGGCUUGCAUUUUUGAGUUGUAUAACUGUGAGGAUCCUAACUGUUAUAAGGAUUUGGCUCGCCUACGUGGUGUUCACUAUGUGACUUGGCAGCAAAGGGAUUUGGUUUAUCCCCAAGAUGAGGGACAUCAUCCAGAGGGCGGUGCCCAUGCCAAAUUUACAAAUUAUCGAUUUGAUGUGCCCGAAUUCAUGCGACUGGUGGACGAAGCAGCCAAGGAAGUUCGUGCCCAUAGUGAGUUCCCUUACCAUCAGCAAAGCAAGAAAAUUGGCCCAGAGCUGCAGAAAAUCGAACCACAUCAUGAACUGUAACAAUCUUUUAAGCCAAAACUAAUAGAAAAUGCAUUUAUUUUCAAGUA